AUGCCUACGAUCCGAGCUAUCGCUGUGUCGGUCUUCGGGCUCGCACUAUUGGCCGUCAGUGCAGCGGAAAACUCCACCGGUAGCUGGACGACUGUCAAGGCUACUGACGCUGACAGCAAACUGCUCUACGCGGCGUGGGGGAAUGUGAGCAACUUUGGUCCGGGUAUCACCACGUACGGCUGCGGCUACAACGUUCUCGACUUGCAGAAGAAAGGUGCGGCGGCGGAGGGCAGCAAAGCCGGUAACAUCUACGACUUCAAGCUCCAAUCGGUGAUCGACUACCACUUCACAGUGCAAGGCUGCGGUUUGGAGGGAGAUGAGCAGCAGUACUUCGGGUACUGCGAAGAUAUCGACUGCCUGAUCACCACUUUCGACGUGUACAUCACGUCGGAGCCGAAGACCAACACACUCAGGGUGACGUCGGUGUCGGCGCGAGCCGAGGAAGAUACUGGAGGUGAAGGAAAAGGCUUGGGAGGGCUAGCGGUAUUGCUGUCAACGUGGCUCACAAUAAAAGUUCCAAGCGAGAAAGUGGAAGGCAAACGGAGGUACAGUCGAGCUGUUGCGAGAUGA